AUGAGCAAUGGUGAGUAAAGUAGUUGUAGAUAAUGUUUUCUUAUUCUCACUAGUGUUAAGGAAAUUACACACAUACACAGAUUCAUUCACUAAUGUGAAUAUUAAAUUUUCUCAUUUGAAUGCACAGUAACCAUUUGGAUUCCUCAUUCGUGCAUAGAUAUCUUAAAAUAAUAUUAGCGUUUGUGAAUGUAUGUGUAGGUGUGUGCGUGUGAGUAGUGUAUUUCUGAAAGCAAAUGACUGUCUGUUUGAUCAAUAACCUAUAAACAUGUUCAUAAACAGCAGAGAUUUCACCAAGUUCAUCUCCAACACACAAUGUCUCAGUAAUACCAACAUUUAAUCACGCUCACCACCAUCACGGGUUCUCCAAUAUUAAAUGAACAUUGGCCCCAGUAUCUCGACUACUUCUCUGUUUAAACUACUUCUAAUCUUCUUCACUAACACUACGGGGAUUUCACCAUCACAUGACCUCUAGCAAUGUCCAACAACAUCACAAAUACUUCCGUGUCUGUCAUAUACCAUCUGAAUGAUUACCAAUGCCAUACAUUUUUCUGUUCAAAAAAUAUUUGAAGAGAUUCACAAACACCACAAAUUCUUCACUAUGAUUCAAAAUCUAACCAAGUUUCCUUACAACACUGUAAAACAAAAUAACAAAAAAAAAGUUAUAUAUUUCUACCUAUUCAACGUGACAAAUACUUCCUUAUCAAACAUUAGUUUGCGAAGUUCCCGGCAAUCUGAUAUGUCAAAGCAUCUGAUAACUUAUACACCCACACUAACGAACUAAAAGAAAUAAAUAUCGUCGUUAAAUACUCAUGCAUGAUUUACACAUCAGUUGGAUAACAACUAGGGAUUAUGUGGAUAACAUUUGUAAAACACUUAUAUAUAAAUAAGGCAAAUGGAAUUACAAUUUUUUGAAAGACAAAAAAAGGGGAUUAAUGUUUUGGAAGCCAAAACAAUAUAUUGGGGCAAGUUUUGACGAAUCAAAUAAUGGAGAAAUAUGAGACCCUUGGUGUUGUCGGAGAAGGAAGUUAUGGGGUCGUACUUAAAUGUAAGCAUAAAGAAACUAAUCAGAUUGUUGCAAUUAAGAAGUUUCUGGAGAGUGAAGAUGAUAAAGUGGUAAAGAAGAUAGCACGCAGGGAAAUCAAGGUAUUGAAGAUGCUCCAUCAUGACCACAUUGUGAAUUUAAUUGAAGUUUUCAAAAGACGGAAAAGGUUUUACUUAGUAUUUGAAUUCAUUGAUCACACUAUUUUGAAUGAAAUUGAUAAAUUUCCUCACGGCAUUGAUGAGUUGACAGCUCGUAAAAUUCUAUGGCAAGUUUUAAAAGGAAUUGAAUUUUUUCAUGCACAUAAUAUUAUUCAUCGAGAUCUUAAACCAGAAAACAUUCUCAUCAGCCGAGCCGGCAUUGUAAAGGUUUGUGACUUUGGGUUUGCCAGAACCAUUGUAUCUUCAUCUAAAGCCCCUUAUACAGGAUAUGUUGCAACAAGAUGGUACCGAGCACCAGAACUUUUAGUUGGGGACACAAAAUAUGGAAAAGCUGUUGAUAUAUGGGCUGUUGGUUGUAUUGUUGCCGAGAUCUUAUGUGGAGAUCCUCUCUUCCCUGGAGAUUCAGAUUUAGAUCAGAUUUACCAAAUCAUCAGAUGUUUAGGAGACCUGAUUCCUCAACAUAAGGCUUUAUUUGCCAAGAAUCCAUCAUUUUCUUCUGUAAGAAUCCCAGAAGUAAAAGAAAAGAAAUCUAUCCGAAAGCGCUUCUCAAAGUUUUCUUCUGACGCUGUACUCUUUAUUGAGGAAUGUUUAAACUUGGACCCUAACUACAGACCAACAUGUACACAAUUACUUAAAAAAGGGUUUUUUCAAAAAGACAGUUUUUGUUCAAAAUUCCCUCAAGAAAUUCGAGCCAAAAUACAUCGUGAAAAACAUAGCAAACAUUUACAAAAAGUUCAUCAUAAGUCAAGCGAUAUUGUGAAAUAUGAAGAGAAAAAGAAUAAACAGAAAGAAAAAGAAGCAGGAAAGGAAAAUAAUGGAAGAAUUAACAAGAAACCAACGGAAGUAUCGAAAUGGUUCAGCAUAUUUCCUCAUGUGGAACAAGAAAAAAAGUUGACACAUUCAUGGAACGAAGACAAUGCCAUCCUUAGACCCGAUCACUGCACUAUAUCUGAUGCCAUGCCGCCAAUCAGCCAUAAAUAUAUUUCUAAACAAAGCAUACAAACAAUACCAAUGGAAAAUCGCCAAUCAGAUGGCAAAAGUUCUUCCAGCCAAAGCCAGCAACGUUUUCAAUUCCUGCAGCACCAUUUCUCCAGUCUUUAUGCAAGAAGUGGCCAGAGCAAAAUACAAGAUAGACUCAGCCAUUUUGAAAAAAAGAAAAUCAAGCUGAAUGAACCUGAAAAAAGAAACAUAUUAAUUUUACCUAAAAUGGAGAGUUAUGAACAGUCCCACAGAUAAAUGUACCAUUGAAUCAUAGAUAGGAUGAAAAGGAAACAAAACUGUUUUAAGUCUUUGAGCUGGUCUUCCAAGGGAUAAAAAUAAAUUUCUAAUUUGGCAUUUACUGACAAAUUCAAUAUUUUCUGAGAACAGACAGAAUAAAAAGAAAUAAAUAUGCAACAGAAAAAAAAAAGUGAAACUCAACUCAAUUUCACACAUUUAUUUCUUCCAAGUAAAUCCUUUCACCAUCUUCAUCUGACAAUGGGCAAUUGUCAGUCUUGUGGUCAACAAGUUGUAGAUGCUGAACUCAUGUUUGUGGUGCAAGUUGUAAAUUAUGGUGGAUAUCUGGAUAUUCAACAAGUAUUUAGUGUAAAACUGAUUGGUCAACAGGUUUCUGUCUUCAGACUUCAACAGAGUCUUUGAGAUAAUCAACAACAAUGUCAGAAUGGUUUUGCAAAAUUCUUUUGUGAUUUUACUUAAAUUUAACAAUUUUUUUAAUGAAAGAAAAGAAAUUCAAAUUAAUAAUCAAUGCUGUAUCUUGUUUGAAUGCAAGGAAAAUUAGAUUUCUUGGUCAGAGAUACAGCAGAGCAGAGAAAACUCCCUGGACUCAGUUUUCAAAGUCUACCAUUAGUUCUAAUAAUCCCAUAUUAUCUUAAUUCUUUUGACAUUAACCAACUUUGAGGCCAUCUCUGCUUCUAUGAUACAAAACUUCUUGUUUUAAAAUAUUCAAACCUAAAUUAAAACCUCUCAAAAAUUUUAUGGGAAAACAUUUUGAUGUUUUGGUGUGAGGUUCUAAACAGUAACUUAAUGAAAAAGUUACUUCCACAAAAACCUUCCAAAUUCUUGACUUAUUUGCAAAAUUAAUUGAAAACAUGAGCAAAUGUGUAUUUCUUUACAAAUGCAGCCAUAAAAUAGUUAACUGAACAAGGAAUAAAAACACUUCAGGACUGAUGAAAUGGACUUUUGGUAACACAGUUUUAGUAAGCCCUAAUCUUGAUAUUGAUAAUUCUGCUUUUGAUUUUAGAAACGUUCCAUGCCGGUGGCACGUAAAAAGCACCAACCGAUCGUGGCUGUUGCCAGCCUCCCCUGGUACCUGUGCCGGUGGCAUGUAAAAAGCAUCCACUACAAUCGCAGAGUGGUUGGCG